CUUCCGCCCGAGCCUAUGCCGCCCCCCAACGUCCAUGGCGGGUAAUAACGCCUCCGACGCGUCCCAGUGCAGGGUGAGUGGCCCUGCGAGCGCCACCUGCUGGACGACCCGGAGCUGUCACAUAGCGCACGUACUAAACUAGGAUUUUCGCGCACAACCAACCCAAGGGUUUACAGAUAAUGGUCCAAAAAGAGAAAAUAUGAGCUGAUGUGUUGACGAAAAUCCCCUGUUGAUGUCCAAGGGUAAUGGGCAGACUGGUUCAAAAUGACUGAAAAGCAACAGUAACUCAAAUAAUCCCUCAUUACAACCAAGGCAGUUAAAGACCAGAGGUUCUGCUGAUCUGGAUAUAUAUUCCACUUGAGGAAUGAAACACCAGCUGUGAUGUUACAAGAUCGGGUCAUGCAGCAUCUUUACAUGUCAGGAUUAAUCAGGUUUAUAUUCAAGCAAAUGGUAAAAAUUACCUUGAAGUUGCAGUCACCUUUUCCUGAGUUCAUUCUCCAGAUUUGCAGCCUGCAUAUUGGUGUCAUGUACAGAACCAUUAGCUAGGUCAUCAUCUUAUUUUACCAUGGAUAGUAUUAAUUGUCAUAUGGUCCCUAAUGGAGGACAAGAGGAAAACAAGCAGGCAGAAAACCAGGAUAUUCAUCCAUCUCUCCCAGUUCUGUUACCAAAGAAAAGAAAAUUAAUCCUUCAUCUGGACUUGAAUAACACCAUUCUGGUAUCUGAUGCGGCUACAGGUCAAGGUCCCAGAGCUGCACUUAAUUCCUAUCUGAGCACUGUUGCCUGGGGUUGCAUAAGUGACAUUGGUGAGUGGCAAUGGGCCAGUGAUCAACCCUCAGUAAAACCUCCAUGUGAAGAUGCUGUCAACUACUACACCCACUUUGGUCGUGAUGCAAACUUCAGUGAUAGUAAACUAGGAAAACGCUUUAAAAAUGUUUUCAAUGAUCACAUGAAGCAGCUGGAGUGGCAGUGGGAAGCUGAUGAGAUGUUUACACAGAAGGGUGAGGAUGGAAGGAGCUAUAAUUGGAUACUGCCCUCCUUCUUCCACAUGCUGGAAAGUCUGUACCUACAAGGGAGGCAGUUCUGUGUCAUACUACGGACGUUCGGUGUUGAUCUUCCUCAUGUGCUGCAGUCAGUCCACGCUGCUUUACAGGGGAAACACCCACAGUUCCCUCAGCUGCAGCAAGUGCCGUUGGCAAUGGAUCUUGUUCCUGGAAGAAUACGCUGCAGCAAGAGAAAUGUUGUACUGACACGCGGGUCUGAUCGCAUAUCUACCAAAACAAAGGAGGGAAAUAUCUACCAUUAUUUCAGCAGCAUGGAUGGGAUUGGAGGCUUUCAGGACCACUUUGAUUGGUGGGCAAGAAAUAGUUAUACAGGCUCUGGAGGAAAGCCAUUCUGGAUCGACCCGACAGACUGUGAUACUCAGCACAUCAUUAUAGAUGACAACAUCCGGCUAACUGAACACGAUACAAUUGUUAAUUGUCGGGUGCUUAUGGAUAAGGAGAAAGGGAAGGAAUCCAGAAAGGCGCUCACCUCAGAGCUGUGCGACAUCUGCUUAGUGCCGACGGAUCUCCUGAGGGCAAUCUCUGAGAAGGAUUAUUUUCUGGACUGUGUCAGAGUCUGCGAGGAGAAUUAUGAACAAUAUCUCAGAAGGUUUCAGGUGGAAUAGAGAGAAAUUCACCAUACAGAGCCCUUUUAUUUUUGAAUUUCCCAGUAAAGGGUAAGGUGGGUCCACAAACCACCCACUUACUUGCCAUGCUGAUCUUUUUAUUGGUAAUUCAAAUUUAGGUGUCCAUAUUGAAAGUGCAGAUGCACCCACUAUCUUGCAAAACUCUAUGCACCUUAAAGGGAAUGUGUUACAAAAUGUGAUUAUUAUAAUUAUAAUUUUUUUAGAUAUUAAAUAAUUAUUUUCAGUUUUUUUUUAAUAUUUUUGAAAACAUAAAGAAAAUACAAAUUAUGAAAAUUAUAAAAUAUGAAAAAUUAAAUAACCCGUCAUAUUUCCCACUGUUGACCAGCAGAGGGAGCUAACAUGAGGAAUCUGGCGAAAGCAAGCAACUUGUCUGGCUGCUGCAUAUUAGACCUCGCUCGUCUACCUUCCUCCUUUAUGUGCAAAGAAAGGGGGGGUGGGGUAGGUGUUUGUAGUUUUUUUUUUCAAUUCCACUGUCACCAUUUUGUUGGUAUCUGAAGAGUGGUAAAGAACAGACUAAAUGUCUCUUGAUAGGUCAACUGCUCCUCAGGGACUUCAGGAAAAUGGUGCUAGCUUCCCCUUUCAUUUCACCUAAUCUGUGCUAGGCACAUGUGCAGUAAGCAGCCCAUGCUUUUCUAUGAGACACUCUCAGCCUUAACUUUCUUAUGCCCUGUGCCUGCCAUAAAACAACUGUGUAGGUGUUGUAAAGUGACACACCACAAAGAGGCUACAGUAAUGGCAGCCCCCCAGUACACACUUUAUUAAUAAAUAACAUUAAAACUACAUUGUCAUAAAACUAAAUACAUAAAUGUAAUGUUUUAUCUUGAUAGAAUAAUUUUAUUUAUUUAAAAAAAUAAAAUGGUGACACAUUCCCUUUAAAUAUGUCAUAAAAUAGGACUCUGUAGUGAAAAAUGAUCUGUAAAACACAGCCUUCUUUAUUUAAAGGGGUAUUCCAGGCCAAGACUUUUUUUUUAUAUA